AGCCUCUGAGUCGGGAAUCUCCUAUUACGCAUGCGCUUUUUGGUGGUUUUUUUCUGCUUUGCACGAGGAAGCAGGAAAUCCUGGCCAGGUGAACUAUACAUCCCAGCAAAUGUCAACGUCUAUUUUCCCCAGACUCCACCAGUGUUCAUAUUUAGACAUGUUGAGUAGUCGUGCCAAGUUUGGUCCAGAUCUAUCAUUACGUGAAUCCACAGUGCUCCUCUGGAUAUAGGUGAACUACAACUCCCAAUCUCAAGACUGGUGGCCAUGGAGAUUAGCCACUCGGUGAAGGAGCGCACCAUUUCGGAGAACACCCUGGUGCUGCUGCUGCAGAGCCUGACGGGCCGUGUGACCCAGGUGGAACUACGGGAUGAGAGCCUGGCGGUGGGGCGCGUGACCAACGUGGAUGCCUUCAUGAACAUCCGCCUGGGCCCCACUACCUUCACCGACCGGGCCGGGCGCACCUCCCAACUAGAGGACCUCUUUGUUGCUGGGAGGAGCGUGCGCUACGUUCACAUCCCGGAUGAUGUGGACAUCCGGGCUGCCAUCGAGGGCCAGCUCCAGCUCCUGCGACGUGUCCGGAGCUUCGGAGGAAGGGACAAGGGCAGGAAGGAGUUCCUUCAUCAAAAGGACAAGUAAAAACAAGCCCAGGAUGCGGAAUCAAAUCUCCCCCUUUUGAGAUCAGGAUACAGAAUGACUUCAAAGCAAGCCUUUGGAUUCUUCCACUGAGAUCCACUUUUUGGACUGCUCCUUGAAAGAGAAUAAAGUGGCACGGAAAGCCAAGAACAGAAAAACUGAAUCAUGUUUCUAUUCUCUAUUGCUCCUUCCCUAUUUCUUUCUUUGGAUCCAUUUUUCUUAAUGAGGCUUCCUCCAGUGCAAGAAAUGAAAGGGAUUGCAACCCUGGGUUACUUUUAUUUAGCCAAAUAUUUAUUUCUCUUGCAGCCGCAAGCCUCCUUUUUUGCUCAGGAUUUGAAAUGACCUCUUUCAUAUAUUUUUCUCUCACUUGGAUCCACUUUUCUAAUUCACAUGGAAAAAACCAUGUGGAAAGACAGGAACAACAAACUGAAUUACUUUUAUAUUUUCUUUCUCCUUCCUUCUGGAACAACAAACUGAAUUACCUUUAUCCUCCUCCUCCCCCCCCCCCCCCCCCCCCCCCCUUCCUUCUAGAACAAUAAAUUGAAUUACUGUUUUGUUUUCUUUCCUCUUCCUUCCUUCCCUUCAUUUCCUUUCUUCCUAAAAGAAAAGUUACUCUUCUUUUGCAAAACCGAUUAGGGCACUUUUAUAUCAGCAGGUGGAAAAACAGGUUUUUUUUUUUUAAAAAAAUUAUGGAAUUCUUCUAAUUUGAUAAAUGUGACCUCCAAAUGAAUACACUUUCAAUUCCCAAAUAAACUUUUCCAUCUUUAA